GGUGGUGAUCAGGAGGAUGUUUGUGGUGAGAGGAUGAAGGGUGUCCUGAUGGUCCAGAGGUUGAAGCAGCAGCAGCAGCUGGUGUGUACAGACUCUGACUGGUCCAUGUUACUGGGAGGUGGAGAGCUUCAUGCAGCAGUGACUGACAGGAACCAGAAGAAGUGGAGAUGAGUGUGAGUGCUGCAGUGUGAACUGAUGUGAGAACAGCUGUCCAGCAUGGUCCCUGUGUUCCUGUGGAUGUGACAGAGGAUCAUGAGUGGAUGUGGACUGCUCUGCUGCUGCUCUGUCCUUCUACUGAGACGACUCCACUCCUUCUGCUCCACACUCCUCCUCCACCUCCACCUGGGCAGGAAGCUCAGCGUCAGUCUGCUGCUGGCUUCAGCUUUUGCUCCUUCAAAGUCUUCCGGAUCAGAUUCAGCAGAAAACCUCUGAAACAUGUUUAGUCAUGAAGAUGGAAUUCCUCCUGCAGGUCACAUGUUCUGUCUGGUUGCUCUGAAAUCUGUGAGCGUCUGUAUCUGUAGAACUCUCCACAAUGUUCUCUUCAUGGAGUCCUUCUUGUUGUUUCAUCCAUUUCUCUUCCAUCAGUCCUGAUCCUGUCUCUCCUGUUUCCUUCACAAUCACUGCAGUCCAGCUGCUACAAACUCUCAUGUUUCCACACAUUUCCUUCCUCUGUGGAAAUAAAUCACGUCUUUAGUUGUUUGUAAAGUGGAGCUUUGUAAAGAUCCUCUGAGGUUUCAGUAGAAGCUCAUGAUGGAGGACUUUUUAUGUGUCAGGACUCAGCGGCUGCUUUCAUCUUCUGUUUAGUCCGUCUGAGAAUCCUUUGUGCUUUUUCUCUCAUUCUGAGCCUUUUCACAGAUGUUUAGAGCAGACUUAAAGAUGAAGGCGUCCUCAUCCAGGUUUUCUUCUCUGACUAAUUAGCUCUGACUUUAUUUCUGUCAUUUACAGGGACUCACGUCGACUCACUGUUUUUUAUUGGACACAUUUAAAGCAGCAAAGUGUAAAAAAACACAUGAAUGUUGAGCAUGAACACAAGUAGAAAUGUUCCAUCCUGCAGUGGUAUCUAUGGUGUAAUAAACACAUGAAGGAUUCAAAGCUGACUGACACAUUUCUAUCUGCUGUCUCUCAUUCAGUGUGGAUUUAAAUCUGUGCCUCUUUGUUCCAUCACCAGGACUGAUGAUGUAAACGUGUAGAAUGAUUCCAGAACACGUUCCAAAUGCAUCCAUCAGGAUUUUAUGGGUCCAGUAUUGUUAUUCUCCUUGAUCACUCAUCAUCAGCUUCACUAUCAAAGACAAAUGAAUGAGGCCUUUCUAGGAGCCGAGUUUCAGAACACCUGCAGCUCUGUUUGGACAACAGCAAGUCACACAUUUCCCUGAAUUAGUGUUUGUCAGAUGCAGAUGAGUGCAUCCAGAACAGCUGUGUGGUCCUCAGACUUUAUUCCUUCACAGGUUGUUGAUCUGAACGCUGAGAGAAGCCUGAAGGAAUCAACGUGUGCAGUUAGUCCGCCGUCAGGACGCUGUGAUGAAAAGCUGGGACUUUGUUUUCUGUCCACUUCAUCACCUGUGGAGCCUCACAUUUGUCCCAACCCCCGUAGAACUGAGUCCAGCCUCCGUCCAACAUUUCCACUUAUCUCUGUAUUUGCUCUUAUGUUGUGUAUAUUUAUAGGGUGUGUUAUAUAGUUUAUUCUUAAUGCUGCUGUUCACAGAGUACUAAACCGAUUUUCCUUGUUUUCUGUCACAGUGACAAUAAAGAUCUGUUCUACUCUUUCAUCCCGUUUCCUGGUCAGGAAGCAGCCAGCAGGGCGUGCUGGUCCACGUCACUGCGUCUGAGUGUGUUCUAUCCCAGCUGACGUCUCCAUGUUCCUGCUGACAGUGUGGAUGCGCUGUGACUCAGAUGGCAGAUCCAGACUCUCCGUCUCCAGCUGAGGUUCCACACGGAGGACGGGGGGACCGAGCUGUGUCCCAGAACGGAGCCUCGGUCCUGGGCAAACAACUGGUGGAGAAAAUAAUAGAGGAGCUGAUUAAAAGUAAAUGUAAAAGAGAAAAAGCAACAGGAAAAGACACUUCGAUGUAAAACAGUCAAAUAAAACACAGCAAGGAGCAAAACUAGAAGAAUUAACUGGUACACUAAUUAGAGCCCAGUGGAAGAUGUGAAUGAGAUUUUACUGUAGUUACAAGGUUCACACAUUUGCAACAAGAUGGAAUAUGGAAACACAAACAUGGGUAGAUAUGAGCAGCCUGCUCGAUCCUCGAGACGCGUUUUGGGACUUGAGAAAUCCUUUAAGACGCCCCAAGAUCGAUAUUGAGCCGGUUGAAAUUAAUGAAAUGAGAUGAGGCUCUACUCAGCUUGCCUUAAUUAGGUGUUAGCUAGCAGGUGAACAGCCAGGAGGACCCGGGACGAGCUUUUUAUGGCUGAAUUACAGGUGAGCUUUGCUGAAAUGUAUCUAAAGUGUACAGUUAAAGCCACACUCAGCUGUAAAGGUGAACAUGUUGACUUUACUGUGACACCAUUAAAUUAAUUGGAAAACGUCAGUUAUUUAUAUCAAUAAACAAUAAUAAUGUUGAUAUAUUUGUUGGCAUCUUUCAGACGACUGAAGGACUUCUUUAGAAAAAUAUCAGGUAUAACGAGACAGUAAUUUAGCAUCAAGGAUACUGUUCGGAUAAAAGAUUAAUCAAUUACAACUGAACUGAGUAAUUUAUUUGGAGAUUAUAGUUGUAUAUGGUUUGUGCUGCUGACAUCAUCAGGAUGAAUGUUUUAAGGACUGCUUCAAAGUAGAUCUAACUAAAAAUAUCAGAUUGAGGACAGGCUCGUGAUCUGAACUAAAUCUAAUCUCUCUCUUUUAUUGAGGGUUAGAAACUCUCCAGAGUGGGAAUAAAAUCUUUUGGAAAUCCCCAGUUUAAAUAACAUUUGGGCAACACAGCACAGAUGAGCUGAAAGAGGCUGAUCAGGAAUAAAAACAUCAGAGGGACGCUCCAUGUGGAACCGACGCGAUCUGUGUGUUCUCGCGAUAGCUCAGCGGAGGGACGCGAUUUGCGGAUGUAAACAAACUCCGGUGAUCGUGUUUGAUUUAGGAGAAGUCCAGCGGAGUGGGAUAUUAAAGAGCUCUUGUGUGUGAGAUUUUAGACGUUAAACGUGAGAGUUUUGAACAGCUGGUAGGAGAAAGUUGAGCAGUCCUGCGGAGGAGAAGUUAGCAAACUUCGGUCAGAGUUCACGGAGGACGAGCGGACUGGAUGGGAUGGAAGCUCCGGUGAAGUACCAAAAACUGACUGUACUUCAUUUUUAAACUGGUUACUGCAGUGUUAUAUAGUACACAGCUACUUUUAUCUGAAUCAAGCAGUAAUAACGUUAAAAUGCACAGUUAUAUUUCUGUGGUCAUAGAAAAAGUGUAUUCUGUGAAUGUUUUGUGUUUUCACAGUUAAUAUUUCAUCAAUACUAUUAAUUUCACAAAUAAAACCAACACGAUAAAAAGCAUUCCGGGACAGUGUCAGACCUAAAUCCACUUCAAUUUAUUGUCACGUUUAGAUAUACGAAGGUUAAAGUUUAGCAGCUUUAACCCUCCUGUUGUCUUCAUUUACAGGCACCAAAAAAUAUUGUUUCUUUGUCUGAAAAAUCCAAAAAUUCAACAAAAAAAAUGCACACAAAUCUGAAAAUUUGCAAAACCUUCAGGAAGAAAAUCCCCUUUAAAAGUUUUGGUUUUUUUAAAAAAAAAAAAAAUCCCUCAAAUUUGGCAAGAAAAUUCUUGUAAACAUUUUCAAAAAAUGACCAAAAAUCUUCCCUAAAAAUCCUAAAAAUAUCUGAAAUGAUUACAUACGUAUCAGUGAAACUUAUAUUUUCUUUAGGAAGAUUCACAUAAAAAUAGAUUUUUUUGUGAAUGUUCUUGAAGAAACAUUUUUAACAUUUCUUUUUUUCCACCAAAAAAUGUUGACUUAUUUAGACAUAGUUAGCUGUUAGUUAGCAGGUUUACAGUGUGGAGGACAAACCUGGUGGUGGCAUCUUUUUAUCAACCCUGGGUAAAAUACAUGUAAAGUAAAUAGUUAAAACAUUUUCAUUUGAAAAAGUUAGAAGGUAGAAUUUAAUGUGACGCCAAUAGUGACAAUAAAUUAAUGUGGCAAGUAUUUAUUUUUAAUGUUUUUCUGUGUCUUUUUAUAUUGUUGUUUUGGAGUAUUUGUAGUUUUGAACAUCGAAUAUUUGACUUUGUCCAGUAAAAGUGAAAAAUGUUGAACACUGGAAAAUAAUAAUAGAGUAAAAUGUUCUAACCAACAUUACUUCAUGAAUAUUUUUCUUUAUAGGGUAACGCGGGGCUAUUCUGGCCCCUGCUGCAUGAAAUGGGCUACUGGGACUGUGUGCAUGCCUGAACUAGAUUCCUUUAAGUUAUCAUAUUACAGGAUACACAGGGGAAAAGAUGCCAGUACUUUACUGGGGAAAUCCCCUGUGACACAGUCCCAGUAGCCCAUUUCAUGCAGCAGGGGCCAGAAUAGCCCUGUGUUACCCUAAAUGUCCUGCUUCUCUGAUCUGAUGGUCAACACUGCAUAUCUUAUUCCAUUAGAGGUGAACUCCAUUCAGAGAUAUUCACUAUUUAAUAAUGAUGUCAUAUUUCCUGAUAACAGCCCCACAGAUGUGUACUCCUGCUGAUGUUGUUGUGUGUCUGUUGUGUUUUUAAUGCAGUGUGUUUGUUUGCUUCAAGCUGUGAAUAGUUCGUCUGUCAGUCACAUCAGUAACACUGGUUGUGAAUCCAGACAGUAGGAAGUUGUUUUUAAUGAAAAUGAUAUUGAACAAAUGUAGUUAAAUUAUAUUGAACUGUAUAUAUGUAGAUGUGUGUAGACUGAGAAUGAGGCUGGACACACAAUCAUUUGGUGUGAGUGUUUGUUAACCAGAUACACAAUAGUUGUGUAGAAGUGAGACUCUGUGUGAGCUGUAAUGUUUUCACUGAGUUUUCUAUGUUAAAGUGUGUUUUGUUGUGAGCAGCUGAGAGGUGAAGAAGAGGAGCUCCAGUCCCAGAUGCCUCCUGAGGAUGCUGUGAGUGUGUCUCAGUGGAUGUGAGUGUUGCUGAGGACAGUGAGGACAGCUCCCCUGUUCUACCACAAUGAGGGACAUGACUGGACAGCUGUCUGCAUGGAGACAAAGAGGCUGCAGGAAGCAGGUUAGUUUGGAGCUCUCAGACUGAAUCAGUGUCUCCUGAAGCUGCAUGGAUGAAUUAAAGGUUGAUGAGCUCAGAUAAAUUCAGAAUUUCUUAGCUGACAUGAAAGAAUUUGAUCCUAAUAAUUGACUGAAAACAUGCUUAUCAAAUGACAACGUUGUACUUUAAGUGAACAACAACUGCAGCAGCAUCAUGUCUGAUGAAUCUGAGUUAGCUGUAGUUAGCUGUUAGCUUCACUGAAUCCACUGUAGAACAGAACACAGGAGUUCUGUUCUACAGCUCCACUUCUGUGGAAUUUAAAGCCACAGUCCUCAGACCUUCAUCACGUUAAAUUCAGAGAUAAACACAGCUGCUGUGAGUGAUUUACAGGAACAAGGAUCAUCUGCUGACCAACAGAAAGAGAAGUAAAACUGUGAAAUCAUGCAGAUGAGCUGAGGAGAAAACAAGACAAAACCAGUUCAGCCCACAGCCAAACAAAGACCAGAAGUUCACUCAGAGUUCACAUCCUCCACCAAGGAGAGGAAGUAGGCUGUGAGGUCACACAGCGACUGUUUGUGGUGGUGACGACUGAACUUUAGAGCCAUAAAGAGAAUAAUAAUAAUAAUAAUAAUAAUAAAUCAUUUUAUUUAAAGUGCUUUUCAAAGAACUCAAGGACACUUUACAAAGACAUAAAAAAAACAAAGAUAAUGAUUAAAAACUGUAUGAUAAAAAUAACAUGAAUACAGAAAAGAGGUGUGACGCAGUGAGGUUAGGAUGAGAGGGAGCAUGCAGGCCUGAACAGAUGAGUUUGAUGUUGGAUUUGAAAAUUUGGAGGGUGUCACAGUUUGUGAUAUCUGGGGGAAGUGAGUUCCAGAGCUGCUGUCUCUCUGCAGAGCUCCAGGUCACUGAUCACACCUGAGAGUUUGAUCCUCAUCAGUGAAAACAUGUUGGUCAGGUGACGGCGUUCUUCUUUCAGUGUUUCAACAACAGUCUGUCCAGAACACUGCUAGUAAACGUGUCUUCAGCUGAGCAGCAUCAGAACAUGAACUGAAGGAAGGAAACCCAACAGCGAGGCGGAGUUAGCGGUCAUCAUGUGAUUUCUAAGAAAGAGCGGACGAACGGAAGAAUGAGGAAAUAAACAGUUCAGACUCCAUUUUACAGUGGACAGAGGAAGACAACAAGGUGAGAGUUACCGUUGUUAUUCUUCUGCUGUCAGAAAACCUUAUUUCUGUUCUGUUCUUAUAUCACUGCUGGGGAAGCUUUUUAUCUGUUGGAAGUAUCUUUGCUGAAAACUAUUUCACUCCCUCUUUUAUAUUGUAAACGUAGCAGAUAUUUAAAGAUCUCGGUAACUACAGAGCUGCUGGUGCAGCAGAGAAGCAGGUCCAGGAAGAGGAAACACUGUUGGGGUGUUUGGACAACAACAUCUGGAUUUAUUAUCAGAGAUGAAAGAUGAUGAGGAAAGAAGAAACACAAGAUUCAUGAGUAAAGUUCGUAAAUGUAGUAAAUAGAAGCAUUUAAAGCCUUCAUGUGGAGGUUAAAUGAAUGGAAUGGACUUUUUUCAGAUUCACUUCUGUGGACACAAAGAACCCAAACGAAGACAAAUCUGAACUUGUGUGUAACUUUGACUUUUCUUCUUUCCUGAGCUCACAGUCAGUGCUGCUGGUUUUCCUCUCAGGCUGACUGAAGUCCUCAAGAUGAGUGAUUUGGAGAAAGAGGAGGACGGAGAGCCUGCAGCAUCCAGCCGUCUGUCUGUGAAGAAUGACCCAUCCAAAGAUCCUCCAGAAUCCAGUAAAGAACCUGAACCCUCAGACAAAAAGGUAGAAACACCUCAAACAGUCCUUUAUGGGAUUUUGGACGAUUUGAUAGACGAGGAGUUUAAACGUUUCAAGCGGUGCUUGUAUAAUAAGUUCCUAAAAGGCUUUGAGCCCAUCCCAAAGUCUCGACUGGAGAGAGCAGACAGGACAGACACAGUGGAUCAGAUGUUCCAGAGCUACUGCAUCUACACGGUUAAUGUCGCUGUAAAGGCUUUGGAGGAGAUUUUCAGAAAUGAUCUGGUGGAGAACAUCCCAAAAAGCAUCAAAAAACCUAAAGAGAUUCUCAUUGAAAGUCAAGCCAAGCUGAAGUGUACUCUGAAGAAGAAGUUCCAGAGAGUGUUUGAGGGUGUCUCUACAGAAGAACAAACCCUCCUGAAUGAGAUCUACACAGAGAUCUACAUCACUAAGGGAGGGACUGCAGAGGUCAGUGAUGAACACGAGAUCGGACAGAUUGAAGCAGCAUCCAGGAAAGCAGACAGAGCAGAAAUAAGCAUCAGGCUAGAAGACAUCUUUAAAGGCUCCCCUGGAAGAGAUGGACCAAUCAGAAGAGUGAUGACAAAGGGAGUGGCUGGCAUCGGGAAAACAGUGUUAACACAGAAGGUGACUCUGGACUGGGCUGAAGACAAAGCCAACCAGGACAUCCACUUCGUGUUUCCAUUCACUUUCAGAGAGCUGAAUUUACUGAAAGAGAAAAAGUUCAGUUUGGUGGAACUUGUUCAUCACUUCUUCAGUGAAACCAAAGGAAUCUGCAGGUUUGAAGACUUCCAGGUUGUGUUGAUCUUUGACGGUCUGGAUGAGUGUCGCCUUCCUCUGGACUUCCACAACAAAACGCUCCUGACUGAUGCUACAGAGUCCACCUCAGUGGAUUUUCUCCUGACAAACCUGAUCAGGGGGAAUCUGCUUCCCUCUGCUCGCCUCUGGAUAACCACACGACCUGCAGCAGCCAAUCAGAUCCCUUCUGACUGUGUGGACAUGGUGACGGAGGUCAGAGGGUUCACCGACCCACAGAAGGAGGAGUACUUCAGGAAGAAAUUCAGAGAUGAGGAGCAGGCCAAAAGGAUCAUCUCCCACGUCAGGAAAUCACGAAGCCUCCACAUCAUGUGCCACAUCCCAGUGUUCUGCUGGAUCACUGCUACAGUUCUGGAGGAGCUGCUGAGAACCAAAGGAGGAGAUCUGCCCAGAACCCUGACUGAGAUGUACAUCCACUUUGUGGUGGUUCUAGCCAAAGUCAAGAAGGUCAAGUAUGAAGGAGGAGCUGAGACAGAUCCAGACCGGAUUCCAGACAGCAGGAAGAUGAUUGAGUCUCUGGGAAAACUGGCUUUUGAGCAGCUGCAGAAAGGAAACCUGAUCUUCUAUAAGUCCGACCUGACAGAGUGUGGCAUCGAUAUGAGAUCAGCCUCAGUGUACUCAGGAGUGUUCACACAGAUCUUUAAAAAGGAGGGUAAUCUGUACCAGGACAAGGUGUUCUGCUUCGUCCAUCGGAGUGUUCAGGAGUUUCUGGCUGCUCUUCAUGUCCAUCAGACCUUCAUCAACUCUGGAAUCAACCUGCUGGAAGAACAACAAACAUCGCUGCUGUCUAAACUGUUUCGGAUGCUAACUGAUCCCACAACACGUUUCUACCAGACAGCUGUGGACGAGGCCUUAAAGAGUCCAAACGGACACCUGGACUUGUUCCUGCGCUUCCUCCUGGGUCUGUCACUGCCGUCCAAUCAGAAGAAACUACGAGGUCUGUUGGGACAGACAGAAAGCAACUCACAGACCAAUCAGAAAACAGUGGAAUACAUCAAGAAGAAGAUCAGGAAGCAUGUGUCUGCAGAGAGAAGCAUCAAUCUGUUCCACUGUCUGAAUGAACUGAAGGAUGUUUCUCUAGUGGAGGAGAUCCAACAGUCCCUGAGAUCAGGACGUCUGUCCACAGAUGAACUGUCUCCUGAUCAGUGGUCAGCUCUGGUCUUCAUCUUACUGUCAUCAGAAGAAGAUCUGGACGUGUUUGACCUGAAGAAAUACUCUGCUUCAGAGGAGGCUCUUGUGAGGCUGCUGCCGGUGGUCAAAGCCUCCACCAAAGCUGAGCUGAGUGACUGUAACCUGUCAGAGAGAAGCUGUGAAGCUCUGUCCUCAGUUCUCAGCUGUUCAUCCUCCAGUCUGAGAGAACUGAAUCUGAGUAAAAACAAGCUGAAGGAUUUAGGAAUGAAGAGUCUUUCUGCUGGACUGAAGGACCAAAACUGUAAACUAGAGUCUCUCAGUUUGAGGUUCUGCAGUUUGUCAGAGAUCAGCUGUGAUUCUCUGGUCUCAGCUCUGAAUUCCAACCCCUCACAUCUGAAACAUCUGGACCUGAGUGAAAACAAGCUGCAGGAUUCAGGAGUGAAGAGUCUUUCUGCUGGACUGAAGAGUUCAAACUGUAAACUGGAGACUCUCAGUCUGGAGAACUGCAGUUUGUCAGAGAUCAGCUGUGAUUCUCUGAACUCAGCUCUGAAAUCCAACCCUUUCCACUUGGAACAUCUGGACCUGAGCUACAACCAGCUUCAGGAUUCAGGAGUGAAACAUCUGUGUGGUUUUCUGGAGAAUCCAGAGUGCCAACUGGAAAAUCUGAGAAUGGAGAGCUGCAGUUUGUCAGAGAUCAGCUGUGAUUCUCUGAACUCAGCGCUGACCUCCAACCCCUCCCAUCUGGAACAUCUGGAACUGAGCUGGAAUGACCUGAAGGAUUCAGGAGUGAAACAUCUGAGUGGUUUUCUGGAGAAUCCAGGCUGCAGACUGGAGACUCUGGGAUUAAUGAGCUGCAGUUUGUCAGAGAUCAGCUGUGAUUCUCUGGUCUCAGCUCUGAAGUCCAACCCCUCCCAUCUGAAACAUCUGGACCUGAGCUUCAACCAGCUGCAGGAUUCAGGAGUGAAACAUCUGUGUGGUUUUCUGGAGAAUCCAGACUGCAUCCUGAAGACUCUGAGAUUGUGGGACUGCAGGUUGUCAGAGAUCAGCUGUGAAUCUCUGAACUCAGCUCUGGAAUUCAACCCCUCCCAUCUGAAACAUCUGGAGCUGAGCUUCAACCAGGUGAAGGAUUCAGGAGUGAAACAUCUGAGUGGUUUUCUGAAGAAUCCAGCGUGCAGACUGGAGUAUCUGGGGUUGUGGGACUGCAGUUUGUCAGAGAUCAGCUGUGAUUCUCUGGUCUCAGCUCUGAAGUCCAACCCCUCCCAUCUGGAACAUCUGGACCUGAGUAACAACCAGGUGAAGGAUUCAGGGGUGAAACAUCUGUGUGGUUUUCUGGAGAAUCCAGACUGCAGACUGGAGACUCUGAGAUUGUGGCGCUGCAGUUUGUCAAAGAUCAGCUGUGAAUCUCUGAGUUCAGCUCUGAAGUCCAACCCCUCCUAUCUGAAACAUCUGGACCUGAGCUGGAACAAGCUGCGGGAUUCAGGAGUGAAACAUCUGUGUGGUUUUCUGGAGAGUCCAGCGUGCAGACUGGAGAAUCUGGGAUUGAGGAACUGCAGUUUGACAGAGAUGAGCUGCAGAUCUCUGAACUCAGCUCUGAAGCCCAAACCCUCCCGUCUGAAACAUCUGGAGCUGAGUAGAAACAACCUGCUGGAUACAGAUGUGAAUCAGCUGUUUGAUCUUGUAACGAGUCCAGACUGCAGCCUGGAGACUCUGAGCUGGAAGUGAUGGUGAUCAGGACAGUGAGUGCUGAGAGGAUGAAGUGUGUCCUGAAGAUCCAGACAUGGACUAAGAUGUGAAGAACUACCAGCCUUGUGUCAUAAUUGAGCAGAUAAAUAAUUUGUUGUAAGACAGAAACCAGAGGAUAAAAUGUGAACAAAGUGGAUUUAAUCACAGCUUCCCUGAGGAGCCUGAACAGAGUAAAACAUGUUGAUCUUCUCUGGAUUUUGGUGUAAAAUCAGUAAACUCUGUUUGAACAACAGACUGAAUGGAGGCAACAGGAAAGUUUGUUCCUUCAUCACAGCUGGAUCAGUGUAAAUAUGUUUCUUUGGUUUUCUUCUCAUUGUAAAUAUUCCCAUUUCAUCAUGAUGCUCAUCAGCAGGGAGAGUUUGACUGUAUUUCUCCACAGUGCUGAUUUACUGCUUCAACAGACUGACUUGAUGAAAGAUUGAAGUCCUUCAGCAGGAUUUACUGACUGGACAUUUCAACAACAGUCAGUUUUAACACACUUAAUACAGUUUGUUUGUUUGUUCCCACAGAGUGAAUGAAGUGUUUUGUGUGUUUUUAUUGCAGGAAGUUGUUGAAAGCUGCAGAAGAAAAAUGAUGUGACAUCAUAUGGCAUUUUUUUACAACAUGUUGAAAAAAUGGAAAAAAAUUUCGACAUACUAUACUAUGGCAUUUUUUUGGACAAAAUUCAUGAUUUUAUUAUUUUUCAAAGAAAAUGUCUGUAGUGUUUUUUAUGGCCUACUUUACAUUAUUUCAUCAUAUGGCAUGUUUUAUGAAAUGUUGAAAAAAUGGAAAAAAAAUUUGACAUACAUAUGGCGUUUUUUUUGGACAAAAUUUAUGAUGAUUUUUUUUUCAAAGAAAACUGCUCUAUAGUGUUUUUCACAGCCUACUUUACAUUAUUUCAUCAUAUGGCAUUUUUUUACGACAUGUUGAAAAAAUGGAAAAAAAUGUCGACAUACUAUUCUAUGGCGUUUUUUUUGGACAAAAUUCAUGAUGAUUUUUUUUUUUCAAAGAAAACUGCUCUAUAGUGUUUUUCACGGCCUACUUUACAUUAUUUCAUCAUAUGGCAUGUUUUAUGAAAUGUUGAAAAAAUGGAAAAAAAAUUUGACAUACAUAUGACGUUUUUUUUGGACAAAAUUCAUGAUCAUUUUUUUUCAAAGAAAACUGCUCUAUAGUGUUUUUGACGGCCUACUUUACAUUAUUUCAUCAUAUGGCAUUUUUUUACGACAUGUUGAAAAAAUGGAAAAAAAUGUCGACAUACUAUACUAUGGCGUUUUUUUUUUGACAAAAUUCAUGAUGAUUUUUUUUUUCAAAGAAAACUGCUCUAUAGUGUUUUUCACGGCCUACUUUACAUUAUUUCAUCAUAUGGUGUUACGGGCACUGCCAUAUGCGGGGCUGCUCCUCCUCCAGGUACUUGUGUGUAUGUGUGGUGUGUUUGUGUGUGCGUGUGCCCUGUCUUGCUCUCAGGCUGCUGCUGAUUGCCAAUCCUCUUCACCUGUGUCAAGAGACCAGUAGUUGGAAACAGCUGAGGAGCAGGAGCCAGCCAAUCCGGUGCAGCCGUGGACCGGCAUAAAGACGCCAGCCAACAUACAGACGGGGAGCUUGUCACUGUAUCCAGCCUUGCUCCUGUGCCUCGCUAGAUUUGGAAACCUUGUUAGAUUUGGAAACCUUGUUAGAUUUGGAGACUUUGUGAGACUGGCACUUUGUUUGACUUGUGGAAACUUGUGACCUUAGAGGCACUAGUCUUUUUUUGUUUGUUGCUUACACUCGCCACGCUACAUUAAUUAAGUUUUUAGGUUAGGAUUUGUUUUUGAUAACUCUAAGUUAGAGUUUCUUUGUGUUCUCGUUUGAUUUUUUUAUUUUGGGUAUUUAAGGAGUCGUUGCCUCUCUUUUUCUGUUAUUGUAUCUUUUUUCUUUUAUUUUAUUGUAAAUAAACCUCUUAAAACGCCAA